CCCAGGGCAUUGCUUCUCCUCCCUCUUCCCAGACGCCAUGGAGGUGCUGCUCAUCCUGCUGUGCGGCCUGCUGGCCCCCACCGUCCUGGCCAGCGCCGGUGAGCAGAAGGAACAGGACCCUUUUCAUUAUGAUUACCAGACCCUGCGGAUCGGGGGAUUGGUGUUUGCCGUGGUCUUCUUCUCGGUCGGCAUCCUCCUCAUCCUGAGUCGCAGGUGCAAGUGCAGCUUCAGCCAGAAGCCCAGGGCCCCGGGCGACGAGGAGGCCCAGGUGGAGAACCUCAUCACUGCGAAUGCAGCGGAGCCCCAGAAAGCGGAGAACUGAGGGGCCCUCGCGGAGAACCUGGAGGCAGCCGCCUGGACCUUUAGAUGCGAAUGUCGAUGCUUAAGAAAACCAGCCACUCCAGCAGCAGCUCUUUCCCGAGAAGUCAAGGACCCGCGUCUCCCGCACCCCCAUCCCCGCGAACAGUCCUCCACUUAGUGCGCGACUGAACCCGCCUUCCCACGCAGCCGUGACGUGUCCACUCCCGUGACGUGUCUGUGUGUGUGUGUGUGUGUGAUGCCUGUGGUCUUCGUGGCUGCUUGUCUGUGGCUGUUGCUGUUUCCUGAACCUGGACUCACCUCCUGGGCCGGAGCUGAGCCAUGUCACCAUCAGCUCCUCCUGCUCCCCG